GGGCUCCCAGGACCCGCGCGCCGCCUCACCUGUCUGAACCGCCAGCCGCCAUGCUCUCCGUCCGCGUCCCGCUCGCCACCAUCGCGGACUCGCAGCAGCAGCAGCUGCAGCUCUCGCCCAUGAAGGGGCUCAGCCUGGCGGACAAGGAGAACACGCCCCCGGCCCUCAGCGGGGCCCGCGUGCUGGCCAGCAAGACCGCGAGGAGGAUCUUCCAGGACCCCGGCGAGCCGAAGACGAAGGUGCCUGCCCCCAGCGUGGAGGAUGAGCCGCUGCUGAGAGAAAACCCCCGCCGCUUUGUCAUCUUCCCCAUCGAAUACCAUGAUAUUUGGCAGAUGUAUAAGAAAGCUGAGGCUUCCUUUUGGACAGCUGAGGAGGUGGACCUCUCCAAGGACAUCCAGCACUGGGAGGCCCUGAAGCCCGAGGAGAGAUACUUCAUAUCGCACGUUCUGGCCUUCUUCGCAGCCAGUGACGGCAUAGUCAAUGAGAACUUGGUGGAGCGGUUUAGCCAAGAAGUUCAGAUUACAGAAGCCCGCUGUUUCUAUGGCUUCCAAAUCGCCAUGGAAAACAUACAUUCUGAAAUGUACAGUCUCCUCAUUGACACUUACAUUAAAGAUUCCAAAGAAAGGGAAUUUCUCUUCAAUGCCAUUGAGACGAUGCCUUGUGUGAAGAAGAAAGCAGACUGGGCCUUGCGGUGGAUUGGGGACAAAGAGGCUACCUAUGGAGAACGGGUUGUAGCCUUUGCCGCAGUGGAAGGAAUCUUUUUUUCUGGCUCUUUUGCAUCCAUAUUCUGGCUCAAGAAACGAGGACUGAUGCCUGGCCUCACAUUUUCCAAUGAACUUAUUAGCAGAGAUGAGGGUUUACACUGCGACUUUGCCUGCCUGAUGUUCAAACACUUGGUGCACAAACCUUCGGAGCAGAGAGUAAAAGAGAUAAUUAUCAAUGCUGUUAGGAUAGAACAGGAGUUCCUGACGGAGGCCCUGCCAGUGAAGCUCAUUGGGAUGAACUGCACUUUAAUGAAGCAGUACAUUGAAUUCGUGGCAGACAGACUUAUGCUGGAGCUGGGUUUUAACAAGGUUUUCAGAGUAGAAAAUCCAUUUGACUUUAUGGAGAAUAUUUCACUGGAAGGGAAGACUAACUUCUUUGAGAAGAGAGUAGGCGAGUAUCAGAGGAUGGGAGUGAUGUCCAGUCCAACAGAGAAUUCUUUUACCCUGGAUGCUGACUUCUAAAUGAACUGAAGAUGUGCUCUCAUUCUGCUGAUUUUUUUUUUCCUUCUCAUCCAAAGAAAAAAAAAUCAGCUAUUUCAAGUGUAUCAACGAGCUACACCAUGAAUUAUCCAUAAUGUUCAUUAACGGCAUCUUUAAAACUGUGUAGCUACCUCAAAAUUAGUUCUGUUUAUUAAGAAGGCUAGCCGUGUUACAUAGAGCAAAAGCAUAGACAAGGCUUAGGUUAGGGAAGAUCUCGUCCAUCCCUGUUGGGCUUUUGCAAGCAGGCUAGCUGCACGUGGAUUCACCGUGGCUCUGAACAGCUCUUGGCCUCUGUGGGGACUCGAGCAAGUCUGCUCCAGCGGGAUUAUUAAGCUUUCACUUAGCGCCACAGGCCGUUGGAAGACAUCAGCCUCACUGCUUCAAAGCAGAUUUUAAAGUUUGCUUACUGAUUUGUAUAUAAAACUGGCACUUUACACAUAAAUAAACAUAAUUUGUACUGUUGAGGUAAAGGCCUGAUUUAAACUAACUUUGUUGGUUUCUCACCAAACGCAGACCUAUUGGCCGCUAAUGAGAGCCGAUUCAAAAUUUACUCGGUGACAAAAAUAAGUUAAACCUGUGUAAACUAAGCAUGUUAUUUGUUCUUUAUUUUCUUUAAUGAAUUGAAGGGCUUUUUAAUCAACUUUAAAGUCAGUCGUGUGCAUACCUAGCUGUUAGCCAGUUGGUGCCACAUACACGACGACAAGUUGUGUUUUGUAUUCUGUAGCCCAGGUCAAGUACCAUGGGAUAAGAGAUAAAGGAAAAAGGAGCUUCUAAUUUCAAUAAUUAGGAAUUAAAGUGUGGCCUGGGCAGACUGCUGGCAACCUGGGGGUGUGAAGGACAAUAUCAUUUUAUUUCUCAAAUUGUAUUUUUCCUAACUUCCUCUUAGUAUGAAAGAUCCUUGAAAUGUCUUCAUAGCUGGGAUCUAAGAUAGUAUUGUAAAUUGAUUUUCAAAUCAUCCUUGAACGAAAUGACCCAGCUAAGAUCUUGCUCCUAUUAAGUGGUAAAAGUAGGACUGAAAAUGGCUCUCCAACAAGUUGUAUUCGUUCUGAGUUUGGUUUAAUUUGUGUGUGAGUAGGUACUGUUGACAUAAUCCAUUUAUAUUUACUACACGUCUUAAAUUAGAAAAUGCUUUUUUUUUCUAUAUGUCCUUUUAGAUAUAUCUGUAGUUCAUACUUUGAAAUAAUUACCCAGUAUUAUCUUGCAGUUCAUAGUUGAGUAGAUAUCGUUCAGUGCAAUUACUUGUAGCAUUUGCCUAAAUCUGAGCAUCACCUGGUGCAUUAGAAAACUAGUUUGUGUGAGCUAUUAAUACAUGUUCCAUUCAAAUAGUAAUUUCAGAAAGAAGUAUAAACUAAUAGAUAUACUUAAUAGGACAGUUUGAAUCAAUAUGCCUUUAUGUUCCAAUCUGCCAAAAAAAGGCCAAGGUGUUACUUGGGAGACAAGCGUCAUACAUCAAUCCUUUGGCCACAUUUGUUAACACAUGUUGUGUGUUGGCUGACCACUAGCCUGUUUCAUUGUCAGUUUUUUUAUUGUAUAAAUGGUCAAAUAGCCCAUUUAAAAAUUUCUGUAAUAUGUGAUCAUUUUCUAUCUUUUAAAUUAUUGUUACCUAAAGUUAAUCCAGAUUAUAUAGUCCUUACACUUGUGCAACACAAAAAACACACCAACACUUGGCCUGGCGUGGUCAGGUACAGGUGGAAGUUGGGAGCAGAUUUUCGGAUUCCCUUCCCGUUAGCUGUGUGAUGUAAGAAUUAACUUCUGCCAA